AGAGAGUAUAUAAAAAGAAAGGAGGGGGUUAUGUUAUUGUUAUGUGGCUUUAGGCUACAAGCAAAGGACAAGAAGAUUGGUGUCGUAGUGUGAGCUACUCUGUGGUUCGCUCUUCUUCUUCUUCUUCUUCUUCUUCUUCUUAUUCUUCUUCUUCUUUUCUUCAACCUCCGCCUUACAAUCCAAACUCUAAAUGAGCUAUUCACUUUCAAUCCCUCAAAUUUCAGGGAUGCUAGGAAAGUCGUUGGCAUCCCCUAUAUCAACCAUUGAUUCUGCUACUCGUUUCUGCUGUUCUACUCGCUGCACUGCCACAGCCAUAUCAGAUGCUGUAUGUUCAAAUGUGAGUUUCUCCUAUUAUCCUGCAAAGCAUACGAUAAAGGGUGUGAGAAGACAAAAUCCCUAUCCUAGGAAGUGGGAAGUCUGUUCAUCUACUCAAGUUGAAAGCUUAAUAUUAAGUGAUGAAGAUAAGAAGACAUGGGAAGCUUGUCGGCAAGCUCUGUCUGUGUUCAGCUUCAGUGUUGAGGAGCAAGAUAAGAUGCUUGGAAAGGCGUUCGGCCACAUUCAUUCACCCUACUGGGGUGAAGACAGAAAGAAGAAAGUUCCUAAUAUUGAAAUUGUAAAUGAUAUACUGGAAUAUCUGAGGACGACACUUGGCCUUUCUAAUGACGAUCUCUCUAAGCUGCUAAAGAAAUUCCCGGAAGUUCUUGGCUGCAAUCUUGAGCGGGAGCUGAAAACCAACGUACAAUUGUUGGACAAAGAGUGGGGAAUUCAAGGCAAAUCACUAAGGAAUCUUCUUCUGCGUAAUCCCAAGGUACUGGGCUAUUAUGUUGAUUGUAAAGGAGACUGCAUAGCAAAAUGCACCAGAUGCUGGGUUCGAUUCUAGAGCUAUAAUGGUUCUCAAUCUAUGGUUGAAUAUUCCCAAAAGAUAGGUAUGCUUCUAACUAAAUUUAUAUCAAUUGAAUAUUUUGUUAAAGAAUAUUCAGAAGUAUGUGCGAAUAUUAAAAGGACCCCGAAGGAAAAAUGGGAGUAUAGAUGCGGCAAGGCUUCAAGAAGCUGAAUAUUUGCAUAAGAGAUGGGGAGAUGGCUGCCAAAGAUCACUUAAAUAUAUUAUCAAUUAGAAAAUUGGUCCUUAUGGAAAAAAAUACAGCACUGAUUUUUAUUCCAAUUGUAAGCAACACAAGCCACUUAGAUAUAGUACAACAGAGGUGGGAAAAUCAACAUAAUCAAAAAGAGAGAAUGCAAGAGAAACCCUUGGCUUCAAUAUAUUGAUAGGUAAAUAACACCAAUCCUAUAUAGUUGGCCUGGGAGGAAAACUCUUGCAAAAUACACUCACCCACAAUAAAUUAUCAUCAUUAACAGAAGGAAUCCUUCUAGAAGAAUUCCAUAACAUAAUGAAUUUUGAGAAGGAAAUCAAGAUACUCAAACCCAAAAUCCAAUUAAGGCUAAUGAGUUGUCUUAACUGGAAGGUUGAAACAUCUUGAUCAAUAACACAUUUAUAUGCCAGAUGAGCAAUGCUCACCUUGGCAUUUUUAUACACAUUAAUAGUAUAUAAACAUAAAUGGAAAAUACAAAGAAUUAAAUGACCUCCAAUAUAUAAAAGGAAAUAGUGUAGAAGUAGGGUUGGAAGAGUAGAGUGGAAAUUAGGGGCACUUGGGCUUAUUGCCAUGGGUCCUGAGGCGAGCAUAGCAAGGGCAAGCUUGGUGGUUGCCGUAAGUGCCGGGCGGGACGCAGUGACACCGACUGCAGCAAGUCCCACAAGCACGCAUACAUAUCUUCUUUCUGAACACUUUGCUGCAUCUCCUUGAACAUUCACUUUUGCAAUCUACCCCAAACCAAUUCAACCCAACCUGAUUGUUAAUUUCACUCCAAAUUUUGUGUUAUAAGUUUCUUUAUAUAAAAAAAGAAAAAAAAAUGUUCUGUUACGUGUUUAGUUUUUAAAAUCUCCGUUGGGUGACUAUUUUGUUCUUGACGUUUAUGCUUGUUUUCUCCUAAAUUGCUUACGGUUAUUUUCAGAUUUCUUCAAGAACCACUUGAAACUUUUGUCAAAUUGUAUGAAUGAAAAGAAGUUUUUGAAAACUAUAGUUCCGUUUUGUAAUUUUUUGUUUUUUGAAAAUUAAGCAUAUAAACAAUACCCAUUUUGCACCAAUUUUUAUUGUUUUGUUAUCUAUUUUAUAUUAAGGUUUUUGAAAAUCGCGUUCGAUAACCAUUUGGUUUUUGUUUUUUUUUUUUUUAAAUAUGACUACAAAUUAAAAGUUUAAUGUUCUAUUAGAUACAAAAUUCACUCUCCGUAGAAUUGCUAAUUUAAAAAUUACAAUUUCAAGGAUGCAGAAAACAAUAAUUUAUACCUAUAUUAAUCGAAAGUUUAAAGACUUAUUUGACCGUCCUAAAAUUUAAAUAGGUUAUACCUAUAUUAAUUGAAAGUUUAAAGACCUAUUUGACUAACUUACGAUUUGAAAACCUAUUCUAACACUCAUUUAAGUUGAAAGAAUAAAUUUGUAAUUCUCUAUAUGUAUUAUUACUAUUAUUAUAUUUUAUGGCAACUUACUGAUUUUUGGCUGAUAGUGAUACUUUUUGCUGAGUGCUACUGUAUUGGUCCCUGCAUCCACCUGAAUCCAAUAUAAUGUCAGUAUUCAUAUGAUUGUUAUAAUUAUUUUCAUUCACCUAACUUUUUGUUUUCCUAAUUAUUUAGGACAUGUUAUCAUGACUUUAGCUUAAUUAGUUAAGGUUGAGAACUAGGCUUAGAAAUCCCAUAUAUUCUUCUUUAACUCUUCAUUUGUUCAAACUAUGUUUAUAUGCUCAUCAUUUUUCUUAUAUAUUAAGCCGAAAUUGUAUCUCGUUCCUUGAUACUCUUGCGAUGUUAAACCCUACUCGACCAAAUUAAUUUCAAUGAUUAAGGGGUAUGUAGAGUAGAGUUAUUAAAGUUUGUGAAGUAUAAUAGUUUAUAGAUCGUAAUUGUUCGUGUUUGGGUAUAAACUAUUUUAGUCUCGUAAAAUUGUAUGUGCUUGAGGUGUAUAUUAUUUUAGUCUGGGUAAAUAUAGUAAAUACUGUAAAAAAUAGUUAGUAAUGUAGCAAAUAGGGUUUCAAAAUACUGAUGUUAUAGUCAAUUGUAAAAUAUGAUAUAUAGUUUAAAACGACAAGUUAAUUAGAGCCGAGUGAGGUAGUCCACUCCAAUAACUUUUAAGAGAUUAGAAUAACAAGUUGGAGUUGUUAAGUGGUGGUUGUUUCCAACAAUUAUUAGAUAUAAUAAGCCUUAACAAUAAUCUCAAAAUUUCAAUUCAAUGGAUUGCAAAACAUAGAAAAGGUAAUGAUGGAAAGGUAAAAAGUAAAGUAAGAGAUAUAUAAUAUGGAUGGUGAACACUCACAGUAGUGAUAGCCUCUGAAAAACCCUACAACAAAAUGCAUAAAAGAAUUAAAUUCAUUAAAUGAAAUUUGUUAAAUAAAAAUGUAAACAUGUAAAAAAUAUAUAUACAUAAAAAUAGAAAUAUUACCUGCAGGAGAAAGGAAAGAAUAAUGAAAAUGCAAAGAAGACUGAGUGGCUUCAUUUCUCUAAAAGGAUAUGUCUGAAAAGAUAAUUUGAUUGAUGAACUCAGGUGGCGAAGAUGGUGGGAUAUAUAUAGGUGCAAUGCCUCUCCAAUGUAUAUGGGUUUUUCUUUUUCCAUCUCAAGACAAAAACGAGUAAAAUUACAUAUUUGUCCUUUAAUUUACAUAUAUUAUUUGUUUUUUUU